AUAGGUUCUGAUGCAGGAAUGCUGCGGGACGUCGGGGCAGGGCUCGAUCGAUCGCCCACAGGCGCGGCAGCUGGCGAGGCACGCGGCGCAGGAAGCGGCAGACGCCCGGCCUGGAGGUUGCCCUGCGCCGCCGGUGAAUGCGGUCAAGGCCUUCCACGAGGGCGUCAGCACAGCGCUUGACCUGGCACUGCGCGAGCGCGGGUUGCUGGAGAUGGUCGUGGGUGUGAUUCGGGAGUGGUUCGAGGCCCUCAAGGAGGACAUGCGCAGGUCGGGAGUGAAGGCCGACGACUGGCGGAACAGCGCCAAACCGCCCAUGAAGUCGCUCGGAAGUGAGCUUCUGAUGAUCGGGAGGGAGGCCAAGUCCGACGAGCGACUGAAGGAAUCUUGGGACGCGUGGCAGGGGCAGAUGCAAGAGAAGACUCGGUCUUUGUCGCAGGCUGUUGACGACUGGGCCAGGGACAACAGCAUGCAGACGGCGCUGUCGUUCAGGGGAUUCAUCGGCGAUUCCGGCCUCAACCCGAUCGUGGAUGCCUACGAACUUCUGGUGCGGCUGGAGCACCUGGUGGCCAGGCUGCGCGUGAUGGCCGACUCCAGCCAGGUCACUCGGCCCUGCGACCUGCUGCCGCACCCGCUGCUGGUUGGGCCGGCCACCGCUGCGGCGUGCUUCCACUUCAUGAGGAAGCAGGGUGUCGUCCUGGUGCUGGACUGCACCUCGGAUCUGCCUCCUCCCGCAGAGGCCGCCCUCGGCUCGGACAUCCGAUGGCGGCGCCUGCCCCUGGAGGACGCGGAGGACCAGGAGCUCUCCGGCGCCUUCGACGAGGGGCUGCGCGCCAUCGACGAGGCGGUCGCCGCGGGGGGCAGGGCCCUCGUCCACUGCCACGAGGGACGCAGCCGCUCGGUGUCCCUGUGCCUCGCGUACCUGGUGGUGCGCGAGCGCAUGGCGCUGGCCGACGCCAUGGCGCUCGUGAAGGCGCGCCGCCCCCUGGCCCGCCCGAACGCGGGCUUCUGGCGGCAGCUCAUGGAGCUGGAGCUGGCCACGCUGGGCUCCUGCUCCGUCUCGGCCGCGGACGCGCCGAGGGGGAAGCCGAAGGCGUUCGUCUGCAGCAUCUGCGGCGAAACCGCGGGCCUCACGGAGGCGGCUCUGGCGGGGCACAUGCGGCUGAAGCACAAGGACCAGCCGGCGGCCUGAGCGCCUGGCGCGCUGAUCCCCGCGCUGGAAAAUCGUGGCUCUGCCCG